CAACAUGGCAGGAGAGCCAAAACCAUACAGACCAAAACCUGGCAACAAGCGGCCACUUUCAGCACUUUACAGACUUGAAUCAAAGGAGCCUUUCCUGUCCGUUGGUGGUUAUGUCUUUGAUUAUGAUUACUACAGAGAUGAUUUCUACAAUCGGUUGUUUGAUUACCACGGCCGGGUCCCCCCACCGCCCCGUGCAGUGAUUCCACUCAAACGUCCCCGUGUGGCUGUGACAUCGACUCGGAGAGGCAAAGGGGUWUUCUCCAUGAAAGGAGCAUCACGAUCCACUUCAAGUGGGCCUUGUUCCUCAGGAUCCAAAUCACCCACCCGUCUUCCCCUGCCCCUUUUGUGGAGUGAUUCUGUCCUUGGAAGCAUCAUUGGAAGAGGAAGAGAAAGAUCAGUGAAAUCAGAUGAGUUGCAAACAAUCAAGAAAGAAUUAACCCAAAUCAAAACAAAAAUUGACUCCUUGCUAGGGAGACUGGAAAAGAUCGAAAAGCAGCAAAGAGCUGAAGCAGAAGCCCAAAAGAAACAAAUGGAAGAUAAUGCUGAUUUSAUUCAAGAGGAAUGCAUAUCAGAGAAUGCAGAUAACUCUACGGAAGAACCUAUUGAAGGAGGGCCAGAUGCAGAUGGGGAUGGAGAAGAUAUGACUGAUGGGAUAGAGGAGGAUUUUGAUGAGGAUGGCAGCAAUGAGCUGUUUCUACAGAUCAAGUGAUGAGAUGUCAUGUGUGAACCCCCUGAAGGCUGAGAAGAGAAACUCUGACUUCCCCACAGAAAAUUGUGAACUGCAGUUUCUUACUGGCUGACAACACCUUUGAUUCAAUUUGUAUGAAACUCAAUUUACCUAUGAAAAUGGACGUUAUUGUUCAAAUAUUAGAAACUCCAUUUCUUAUAUGUUCGAGGCUGUAAAAUUGUCAGAUUUUUAUGGUUUAGAUUGUAAAUGUGGUUUUCUCUGGCUAAUUAUUGGUAUUAUUUUUUUAAUUUUGAUGUCUUAAAGGCCAAUGUACUGUAUCAUAAUAAUAUGAAGGACAUAUUUAACAAGUKUGAAAAACACUGUAUACAAAUGUAUAUUUCUAAAAGCUAUUUUUAUGAUUAGCACGUUUUACUGUUUUACCAUAGAGUCAGGUGAUAUUGCACUUCUUUGUUUACUGCUUAAUUCAAACGACCAUUUUGAUCAGUGCCACAAUUAUAUACAUUGUAUGGUAUUUCCCAUCAUUUUAUUAAAUUUAUUUGUCAUUGGAAAUAAUUACAUUUAGUAAUAGAAUAGCUUCUAAAAUGUGAAAAUGUCAAARUAACAGAGCAAUCCUUGAUAAACUGUAAAUUGGAUCCUCCUGUAAAUCCCUUUCUUCAGAUAAGCACUCUCUGUGAUGCCAUUCCUCAGACAGUUGUUACAGCUGUUCUUGCAAAUCUCUAAAGGCAGUUUGUUGUUACCAUAUGGAAAGUCAGUCAGUCUCCUGUCUASCCAGGAAAAUUAUUUAUACCCUGCCAAUAUCUGACAGCCUGAGUUAGCCUACUUAUUACUUAUUGGGUUUUUUUUCUGGCAGUAGUCUUUCCACUCACAAACCCCUAAGGGCAUCCUAAAAGCCUAAAGUUGGAACAAUUAAUUAUUACAGAUGCUGUAGGGGGAAUCUCAGUAUAGAAUUUCUUAAUAAAUCAUAUUUCUUUUCAAACAGAAUGGAUGCAUUAUUUCUCUCGUGUUACUGAGAUAUUAAAGGUAUCAAAGCAUACAUGAUAUGGGCACAAGAUCUUGUCUAAUAAAAGUACCAACUUGUUCACCAUCCCAAAGUCAGACCUCUUCAGCACUGCAGAUGACACAGAACAAGGAAUACGUAUUUAUUCAUCUACAUCUUUAUGUGAGCAGUACUCAAUAUAGAAAGAGACAUGUCUUUAAAGUGACUGCAGGGUAAAUAAAUUAUUUAGUAGCUACAGCCUUCCAAGAGGGACAGACAUUAAUUUAGGAAGUAUUUUAUGCAGCCAAAUGGAGCACAGACCCAGCUGUGUGCCAGUCUGCAGCAAGGAGCCCUGACCACUGAGAUCCAUGACCAGGGUGUUUGGAAUUUGGGGUCAUCCAGCCCUACAAAAAUGAACUCU